UCAUGGACUGCAGGGCAUACCGGCUCAUGGGCCGCAGCAUACCCUGAGAUUGUGGCCUGUGCCAACAUGUUCUGGUCGAAGCCUGGUACUGUACAUCUUACCCCUCUCCACCCUAACACCUAUCCUCUCCUCCGCAAUGUUGCUGCUCUCUUCCCAGACUCCUUCCUCCAUGCUGGAGCUGACGAGAUCAUCCCUGGCUGCUGGAAGGCUGAUCCCAAAAUCCAAGCUUUCUUAGCCUCUGGAGGAACUUUGAGCCAACUCCUCGAAACUCAUGUUAAUGCCACUCGACCUUACAUCGAAUCUCUUAAUCGCACCGCAAUUUACUGGGAGGAUGUCCUUCUUGACUCCACUAUCAAUGUGAAGCCUGAGCUACUCACAAAGGAGACCACAAUCUUGCAGUCGUGGAACAAUGGACCUAACAACACCAAGCUCAUAACAUCCAUGGGUUAUAGAGCAAUAGUGUCGUCAUCUGCUUUCUACUACUUGGAUUGUGGGCUUGGUGAUUUCUUGGGCAAUGACAGUAGCUAUGACAAGAUGGGUGAUGAGGGCAAUGGGUGUUGGUGCGGCCCUUUCAAAACAUGGCAGAGGAUUUACAAUUAUGAUAUAACUUAUGGGUUAAUGGCGGAGGAGGCAAAGCUAGUGCUUGGUGGGGAGGUGGCACUGUGGUCGGAACAAGCUGAUGGGACAGUGUUGGAUCCUAGACUUCGGUCAAGGACAGCAGCCUUUGCAGAGGCAAUGUGGUCAGGGAAUCGGGAUGAGACAGGGAUGAAGAGGUAUGCAGAGGUCAUUGAUCGUCUCGAUGAGUGGCGAUAUCGGAUGGUGGCGAGAGGGGUGGGGGCUGAGCCUAUCCAGCCACUAUGGUGCCUCAAAAACCCCUGGAUGUGUAACUUAAACCAAUAAUUUAUGGAAAGUGGUGGUGUGUAUAUUCUCCUUCAAUUGAUGGGGAGACUUUCUGAGAGUGUGUACACAGGGCACACCAUUUGUGCUGUUUUGAGUUGAUUGAUGUUUUUAUUUAAGAUUUGGCUGUGUACACCCAGUUGCAUAUAAAAUUUUAAUGAUUUUUAUAAGA